UCCGGCGUGUUCUUCUGUUAGACAAUCUUGUUAGAACCGUGUCAGUGGUUGGACAGCCGGUCGGACCCCUGUCCCAGAGGUGGCUGCCACUACCAGCCAGCUGGACCAGCCACUGCUCAGCCUGAGCAAACAUAACGCAGACGCUGAGUCUCACGUAUCUGCUCUGUGCCUGCUGAACCUCAACCACACAGAUGAAGGCGAAGGAGAAGCAGCGACGGCAGCUGGCGGUCUCGAAGAUGAGGACAGCGGUCAGCAGCGACGAAGACUCCGACGUGGAGAAGAACUACUCUCUGCUCACUGAGAGAGGAAGAGGAAGAGGAGGAGGGAGUGAGGAGGGAGAGGAAUAUCACAGAGGAGAGGAAGAGUCUGGAGAUGAAGAGGAAGAGUUGCAGGAGGAUGGUGACAGUGAAGCCUCUGAGGAGGAGGAGGAUGUUGGUGGCAGCAGCGAGAUCCAGACAAGAGAGGACAUUAAAAAAGAGCUCUCCACCAUGUCCUUCGAGGACAUCAUGAAGCUGCAGAACAAAGUAGGAACCAAAGUUUACAACGAGGUCGCUUACAGCAGCAACAGGAAGCCAGAGCGCAGCAAGAAGAAACGACUGAACAAGAACAGGCCUGUGGAGAUUUCGGCCAAGAAACCGGCUCCAUUCCUCCGGCAGGUCGUCCCCGCCAAGAAACUGGCGCUACGAGAUCCGCGGUUCGACGACCUAUCUGGAGAGUACAAACCUGAGAUCUUUGAGAAGACGUAUAAAUUCAUCAGCGACAUCAAACACAGGGAGAAAGAGAUCAUUGCAAAGAAGUUGAAGAGGAUGAAGAGGAACAACCAGAGGAAGGAGAAACUGCAGUUUCUUCUGAAGCGGAUGGAGAACCAGGAGCAAGCGAGCAAAAGCCGAGAGCAGCAGAGGGCGAGAGAGCUGCAGUUCAAGAGGCAGCAGAGAGAGCGAGCCAAUCAGGGCGCACGGCCGUUCUUCCUCAAGGAAUCCGAGAAGAAGAAGCUGCAGCUGGCUGAGAAAUACCAGGAGCUGAAGAAGAGCGGCAAGCUGGAGAACUUCCUGAGCAAGAAGAGGAAGAGGAACGCGGUGAAGGACCGCAGGAAGCUGCCGACGCAGCCGCAGAGCAAGGAGGCCGCAUGAGACGUUCAGGACCUGACUGGCCCGAAUAAGAGCCUGUCGGGAGACGGAGGGAGCCUGUUGGGUCUUUAAUGCAUCGGUGCAGCUGAAUGUCUGAGCUCCAGCUUCUCUUUGACUUGUUCAGUUGACGUUUUCUUAGUUUGACACAGUCAUUUGACACAAUUGUUUCGACUCAACGGCUCUAAAUGUGGAGGGAGGCUGAAAGAUCAGGAAAGAGCUUGUAGGUAGGCCCCGAGUUAUUCUGUCAAACUGCUUUAAUAAAGUUAGGAAUGAACUUCUACUGUCAAAAUAAAAGCUGCCUGGAGGAAAAUGAAGGUUCAUCAUAAAGUUUAACUAUAAAGCUAUAAAGGUUGUUUUCCAACCUGUCUGAGUUCUGGGGGUUUCUGUGCCCUUUCGAGGCGGGUUACCACCGACACAUCUCCAAACUAAGAACUGUUUCAAACGGCGUCGUCGCACUGUGCCGAUGCUGAUGUCAGUGGAAACCUCUGCUCUGGAGACUUGUGUGUUUACAAGCAGCACACGUACAAUGUGUGGCUGAUGGCAGUGUCCGUUCUUCACACGCCCUAGUGAUGCUCCAUCAGCCCACAGAUGAGAAGUAGCAGACAGGGUAAAGCGGAGGAGUGAACAGCAGGGGGCGCUACGGGACACCACAACCCACUUCCCCCACUGCUCACUACACACAGUCCAUAAUGAGGCGUCGUCCACUUCCUGUCUCCAUCUGAGUUUGUCCUGAAAUGAACCAAGUCCAUUAUUGUUCUGAACCAAAACACCACAUUCUCUGGUUGUAGCUUCUUAAAUGAGCGAAUUUUGUUCGAUAUAAUUGCAAACAGAAUAUUUUGGAGUUUUAAACUGAAGAUGACAUGUUCAACUCUUUGUAAAAUAAAACAGUGUUUUUAUAUCGUGUCCGUCAUGUUGGUACAUGUCAACAUGGGCUCCAAGUAAAUAAAGGGAAAA